AUGCUGCCGGGUAGUAUAUUUAUUUUUCUACUCCAAAUACUAUUUUCUUUUGCAUCACCAAAUGAUGGUAUUUCCGUCUCAGUUGAUAACCAUAUAACUAAAAUACAUUCUAAAUUUGUUCCAAUGGUUGCUUUUCUUUGUGGUUACCGUAAUAAAUAUUCAAAUGAUAAUGGUGGUUGGACUACUGAUAAAAACAAAUUUGCUACAUGUUUAACAGGGAAAUUAGAUAUUUUGAAGUAUUGCCGUAAGGUAUAUCCAAAUUUAAACAUAACAAAUAUUGUUGAAUAUUCUCAUGAAGAAAAAAUUGAUAGAUGGUGUAAUGAGGAUGCUACUACAUGCAAGUAUAGUCAUACUGUUCGCCCCUAUAGAUGUAUUGAUGGUGAAUUUGUAGCUCAAGCACUUCAAGUUCCAAAUGGUUGUACAUUUGGGCAUAUUAGUAGUAGAUCAAUGUGUAAUGAUUAUUCACAAUUAAAUAGCAAAGCUUUUGCUGAAUGUUCUAAAAUGAAUGAUAAUAAAAAACCAAUGGUAUUACGAUCAUUUUCAGUUUUACAACCAUGUGCUAUUGAUCUUUUUCGUGGUGUAGAAUAUGUUUGUUGUCCAUCAAUUAAAAAAACAAAUGAAAUUUUGACUAAUGAUAUUAAUGAAAUAACUGAAGGAAAUGAUUUUGAGGAAGAUGAAGAACUUGAUACUGAUGAAUUAAUUAAUACAAUUGAAAGUAAUGAUAAUGGUACACUUAUUGAAAAAAGUGAACAAGAUCCAUAUUUUAAAGAAAAUACAAAUGCAAAUAAUGAACAUGAAAAAUAUAGAGAAGCUGAGAAACGUUUAGAACAAAGACAUAGAAGUGAAGUAUCAAAAAUAAUUAAUGUUUGGUCUGAAUUAUAUGAUAAAUAUAAGAAUAUGAAAGAAAAUAAUUCAAAUGAAGCAGAAAAAUAUAAAAAGGAUAUGGUUGGAAAGUUUAGAAAGACUGUUGCAAAUAUUGAGGAAGAAAAUAAAGAAAUGAAAAAACAAAUUGAAACAGUUCAUGAAGAAAGAUUAAAGAAUAUAUUUAAUGAGAAAAAAAGAAAAGCUACUCAUGAGUUCCGUGAAGCUUUAGCUCGUCAUGUUGAAAAAGAUAAUAAAGCUGAAAUUGUACGUACACUUAAAGCAUGUAUUCGUUCAGAAGAGAAAGAUAGAUAUCAUAUGUUGAAUAGAUAUCGUCAUUUACUUCGUACUGAUGCAAAUGAAGCUGAAAAAUAUAGAAGUGAACUUCUUCAUAAUCUUAAAUAUAUUGAUUUACGUAUUAAUGGUACAAUUGCAAUGCUUGAUGAUUUUCCAAAACUUGCUGAGGCAAUCGGUCCAAUUGUCAAAACAUUUUGGCGUGAGUAUCGUAAAGAACAUACACCAGAACUUGAUUCUGACUUUUUAAUUAAUGGUAUGGAAGAAAAUGACAAUAUUAGACUCGUCAAUCUUUAUAAAACUCAUUAUGAAAAACUUCAUGAGGCUGAAAAAAGUAUGAGAAAAAAAUAUUUUUUGAAAACAAAUAUAAAAAAAACCACAACAACACCUAAAUUGACAACUACACCAACAACAACAACAACAUCAACUUCCUCUUCAACAACAAGUACAAUUAAAAAUAGUAUUUUUAGUGAAUUGGAAAAAGCUGACCUUGAUUCUGCAGAGAAUGAUAAAUCAAAAGAAAUUAAAGUUAUUGAAUAUGUUAAAUUUAACAAAAAUCAAACUGAUGAUAAGAGUGAUUAUGAUGAAGAUGAGGAUGGAGAUGAUGAUGAUGAUGAUGAUGACGAUGAUGAUGAUGAUACAUCAGAAGAAAAAGAUAAUAACAAAAAGAAUGAUUCUUCUAGUGAUUCUAAUGAAGAUAGUGUACCAGUAGAAAUUGAACCAAUAAUAUCUGGUCCAAUAAUGGAUUCAUUUAUUGAUGAAAAUCCAUCAUAUGUUAGACUUUCAAAGAUGGAUCAUAAUCGUCAUAUUUAUAGUCAUAAUAAAACUCAAAGUUACCUUACAAGCAACUUUAUUAUCUAUGGUUUUAUUGGAACAUUAUGUUCAGUAUUCCUUGUUGCAGCUAUAACAUUAUACUCUAAAAAUAGACAUUCUGGAUUUGUAGAAGUUGAUGUUUGUACACCAGAGGAACGUCAUGUUAAUAAUAUGCAAGUUAAUGGUUAUGAAAAUCCAACAUACACUUAUUAUGACGCUAGUGUAAUUGUCAAACCAUCAAAUGAAGAAACUACAGAGCAAUAA